GCUUGCGAUGCAUGCGCAGCACGAAAAGUGAAAUGUGAUCGAGGGCUGCCAUGUAGACGCUGUCAAAGUCUUUCUAUCCAAUGCGUGGCCGAAAGAAGGCGGCUCAAGGCAGGGCCCAAGGGGCCAUGGGCCCAGAAGAAACGAGAAGCACUGUUGAAUAAACGACUGGCAAUGGAGAAGGCGAUGAUAAAUAGAAAGUUUCCAAUACCGAUAUCUGAUAAAGACGCAACUUAUCAACAACCAUCAGUUCAGCCUCAUAUCUACCCUGGCUUGAACCGCAUUCCAUUCGCGACAUUUAACCAUUAUCUCGGCAUUUAUCAGCAAGCCCUGUAUCCCGUGUGGCCAGUUGUGAACAUAGAGAAGUUGCUCUAUCGACUACAAGACUCUACUGACAUCGAAGCAUAUGCGCUUGCCGCAGCAGUCAGUGCAGUUACAAUCGCACAGCUCAAGCUCUCGUCCGAUGAGACGUUUGGUCGCUUUGAGGGUGACGAUGGCGCAUUUAUGGCUGCCGAAUCUUCAAGAGCGAGGAAUGAAAUGGAUCACCUAGAGCAUCCAUCCUUAAGUGUCUUAUUAUCAUCAUUCUUCUUGCAUGUGUCGAGUGCAAACCGCGGUUAUAUCCGAAAGGGAGCAAUGCUUUUACGUGAAGCCGUCACAUUUGCUCAAAUGCUAGGCCUUGAUAAAGCGAUCCAUUAUUCUGGACUACCUAAAAUUGAAGCUCAACUUCAUCUCCGGGUUAUCUGGCUACUAUUUGUGACGGAAAGAGGACAUACCACUCGUUUUGACUUCCCUAGGAUAUUACAGCUUGAUCCUGAGUUACCUGAGCUAGAAGUAGACGAGAAUCCUCCAAUCCUAUUUGCAUUCAUUAGUCUAAGCAAACUUUUUCAAAGUUUUGCUCGUGCGAUGGAUGGCGAUGGGACUUCCCAGACGGAGGAAUAUUUUGCGUCUAUGCAUGACCGUUUGCGAGAGAUCAACCAGGCCUCUCACAACUGCACCGACUUACAGAGGGCGGACUUUCUCCUAACGCAACAAUGGAUGAGAGUUGUUUUAUGGAAAACGUCCAUGUACCACAUCAACCUUUCAUCAAACGCAACAGAUGAAGGCCUUAGCCUUUGCUUCCCAAACCGGAUCGCACGAAAUGUAGUUCAGAAUAUAGACUUGUUUCCCAGGUCUGUCAUCGAGGCUCAUGGCCUUGGAAUGGAAAUGAAACUGUUCGAAGUGGCAAUGUCUCUAGCUGACAUUCUCCUCUGUCUCCCAUCGAACUUUGAGGGCAAGCAGCUGAUGAGUGUUGGCCCAAGAGAUGUUUUAAACCGCCUUUCUCAGUUUCUGACCCACUUUCGUGGCGGCGGUGACAACAUCAAGCUCCAAAUUCUGCAUGAUAAGAUGCAAGAA